UAAACUUCCCAGGCCUUAAAAAGACUCAUAUUAAUUCUAAAUCUUGGCUAUUUUGUUGUAUGAUUGCUAAAUGCUUCAAGCCCAUUACACCAUUCAUUUCCCAUUGUUGUAUGCUUGCUAAAUGCUUCAAGCCCAUCAUACCAUUCAUUUCCCAAGCCUAGAAUAUUCAAGAAUUCAAUAAACCCAAUUGUACUUCAUCACUUAUAGCUGGUUUUUAGGGAUCCAAGAAAAGAAAGCAAUCAAGAAAGAAGAAGAAGAUGGCUACCAUUGGAAGUGCCAAUGCAAUGAGUCUCACCAGACCAUUGCAUAAGUUGGGCACUUCAAUUCAUUUCAUCUCCAUCAAAUCCCCCCACAGACCCAUAUGCAAAUUUUCCAUAAUUCUCAAGUCAUCUUCUCAUAGAAGCAUAACAUGCUCAGUUUCUACAAAGCCAAAAGCAGUGACACAAUCUGCACAAUCUUACAGCAAUGGCCAAGAAAUGGGUCUUUCAGACUCCAGCUUGGAAUCAACCUUCACCCAUAGAUUAUGGGUCACCAUUGGAUGUGGAGCCCUAGUGGCAUUGUCUAUCAAAUCUAUAAUAGCCAUGGAUUCUACUGAAUCAAUCCUAGCUGGAUUGUUAUCAGCCUACAUGGGCUAUAUGUUUGCAGACCUAGGGACAGGAAUUUAUCAUUGGGGGAUAGACAAUUAUGGGGAUGCAAACACACCCAUCUUUGGCCCUCAGAUUGAUGCAUUUCAGGGGCACCAUAAAAGACCAUGGACUAUAACUAGAAGACAAUUUGCUAACAAUAUACAUGCAUUGGCAAGGCCUGCAUCUUUUCUUCUCAUGGGUUUCUUCUUCCUUGUUCCUGAUAAUCCUGCAUUGCUCUCAUUUCUUGGAGUUGGAACUGGUUGCAUAGUUUUUAGCCAGCAGUUUCAUUGUUGGGCUCACUGCAAGAAAAGUGAAUUGCCUGCUCUGGUUAUUCAACUACAGGAUUUGGGUGUUUUGGUGUCAAGAGUGAGGCAUGGAGCUCACCAUAGAGCACCUUAUGAUAACAAUUAUUGUAUAGUUAGUGGGAUGUGGAAUCCAUUGUUGGACAGCACCAAGUUCUUCAAGAAGAUGGAGAUGUUUAUAUAUCUUAAGUGGGGUGUGAGGCCUAGGUGUUGGGAUGAAACUGCUGCAGAAUGGUUGCAGGAUGGCUCUUAUUUUGAUGAUGGAUCUAAUGAAUUGUUAUAGUGAUCUAAUUUCUUUUGUCAUUGGGAUUGUUAGUAAAAUGACACAGAAUUCAUUGUGUAGAACAUAUUGUUUCUUAUUACCAAUACAUUUGUCUUAAUGUUAUCUAAGCUAUAGUUUUAAGUGUGUGAUGUAAAUGUUUGACACGUAACAGCUUUGUGUAACAGUGGACUUUGAAGCUGUCAUUAAAUUCUUAUCCUUUGUAGAUUUUGGUGCUUGGCUAGCACUGUGCCACAUCCAUGCACUUAAUAGACUGGAAGUGCAAGGGAUUCAUCUCAAAACGAAAAGAAAUGCUAGCUUGUAUUAAACAACUUAAUGGGUUUUUUAUUUUC